AUGCCGCCUGUCAGCCUCCGGGUGCUUAUCAGCGGCGGGGGCAUCGCCGGCAACGCGCUAGCCUUUUGGCUCGCCAAGCAGGGCCACGAUGUGACGGUCGUCGAGCGGUUCCCGAACCUGCGUCUGACCGGACUGCAGCUCGACCUGCGGGGCCAUGGCGUCGAGGUGCUUCGGCGCAUGGGUCUCGAAGACUCGUUCCGCGCCAAGGCGGCACCAGAGCAGGGCAUGCAGGUCGUCGACAGUUCCGGCAGGCGACGGGCCUACUUUCCGGCCAACAAGUCUGGCACGGGCCGACAGGCCUUCACCUCCGACUUUGAGAUCAUGCGGGGGGAUCUAUGCGGUCUCCUCUACGACGCCGCCAAGACCUCCAACAAGUCGCCACAGUACCUGUUUGGCACCUGGGUCGAGAGCUUUGCCCAGGACACUGACAGCAAGAGUAAUCCUGAGCUGCCCGUCGAGGUGCGCUUCGACAACGGCAAGACGGACAGGUUCGACCUGCUCGUCGGCGCCGACGGCCAGUGGUCGCGCACCCGCAGGAUGAUGGUCGGCCCGGGCAACCCAGACGGUCUGCAGCGCAUCCCCGGGCUCAACUUUGCCUACUUCACCAUGGCGCGGCCGAUGCAGCCCGGCGAGGAGUACCUUGCCACCUCAUACAUGGCGCCGGGUCGCCGCGGCAUCAUGACGCGCCGCCACAGCCCGGACGCAAUGCAAGUCAUGCUGUCGUGUCGGAGCGACCCGGACCGCCUGCAGAAUGUCACGCGCGGAGAUGUCAAGGCCGAGAAGGAGGCCAUGGCUGACAUCUUUAAGGGUGCCGGGUGGAUCGCUGACGACAUCAUCAAGGCCAUGAGGGACGCGGAUGAUUUCUACUGCGAGCGCAUGGGGCUGGUGAAUCUGCGGCCUUGGUCCAAGGGCUAUGUUACGCUUGUCGGCGACGCCGCACAUUGUCCGACCGUCCUGACGGGUAUGGGUACUACCUCGGCUAUGGUGGGUGCUUAUAUUCUGGCAGGCGAGAUCUCGACGCAGUGUGCCGAUGAUGGUGAUGGGAGGACCAAGGCGGAGCGAGUGGAGAGGGCUCUUGAGGGCUAUGAGAGAAAGUUCCGCCCUUACAUGGACCACGUGCAAAAGGAUGUUUUACGGAAUGCCCACAACCAGUGGGCCAUGGCCGGGUCGGCGUUCAGCGUUGGGGUCAUGAACUGGCUGUUGGGUGUAGCCGCGUUUUUCAAGAUCAAUAUGGCAGAGGCGUUUGGAAUCAGGGACGACAUCAAGGGGUGGGAUCUGCCUGAAUACGAGCGCAUGGUGAAAGGAUAGAUCUGUGUUUGACUCUGCGGUGCAUGACUUGUGAGUGUGAUUGAAAAGUCAAGCUCUGCUCAGUUUAUUCAGUUUGCCACCUGUUUAUAUGCGAGAUUCACACGGUAUAAUGAGCGAUUGUCGAUUUUACUUUGAAAGGGGUUAGCACUACCUACAUUGUUUGAGAGCGAAGAACCUGGG